AGUUCAAGGUUCAUUAUCCGAAAUUCAUCAAAACACCCGCACACCCAUUUUCUGCGCCAAUAGCAGCGCCGAGCCUUGAUGGUGAAUGUACAUAAGGUUUAGUUUCCUGUGUGAGCAACAUGAGAACCUGUUUAGAAAUCUCAACUCGACAGAAUCCAACGCCAGUAAUAUUGAAUGAUACACGUGGUUAAAACGUCUCAUAGGGCAGACCCACAUGGCUUUAUUGAGAAGUAUUCGCAGUGUAGUAGUAGGUGUAAGAAAUUAUGGAGUGAGUGCCGUGCAAAAAGCCCCACCGAAAAUUUUGAUAACAGGUGGCCUAGGUCAGCUCGGAGUCGAAUGCGCCAAGUACCUGAGAGCUAAAUACGGCCGAGAGAAUGUAAUACUAUCCGACAUCAUAAAACCUUCGACGGAAAUAUUCAACGACGGCCCAUACAUAUUCGCUGAUAUAUUAGACUUCAAAGGCCUUCAGAAGAUCGUCGUAGACCAUCGAGUGGACUGGCUCAUACAUUUCUCUGCUCUACUCAGCGCUAUCGGCGAACAGAAUGUGCCCCUGGCGGUGAGAGUGAACAUAGAAGGCAUGCACAACGUUAUCGAGCUGGCCAAGCAGUACAGUCUCAGGAUAUUCGUACCCAGCACCAUAGGAGCCUUCGGCCCCGAUUCCCCGAGGAACCCUACCCCCAACAUUACAGUGCAAAGACCGAGGACUAUUUACGGUGUUUCUAAAGUGCACGCGGAGCUGUUAGGGGAGUACUACCAUCACAAGUUUGGUUUGGACUUCAGGUGUCUCCGGUUCCCGGGAGUCAUCUCCAGCGACCCGCCAGGAGGUGGCACAACAGAUUACGCGAUCGCCAUUUUCCACGAGGUACUCCGUAAGGGACACUACCAAUGCUACCUGAAACCUGACACUAGAUUACCCAUGAUGCACGUCAGAGACGCCCUUCGCGCCCUGUCGGAGUUCCUGGAGGCGCCCAGCGAAAUACUCACUAGAAGAGUCUACAAUGUGACAGCAAUGAGCUUCACACCCGAAGAACUGUCAGACAGGAUGGUGAAACAUCUGCCAGAGUUCAAGAUAACGUACAGACCUGAUAGUCGACAGGAAAUUGCGGACUCGUGGCCCCAGGUGUUCGACGACAGCGAGGCGCAGCGCGACUGGAGUUGGAAGCCACGGGUAGACCUGGACACACUGGUCGAGCUCAUGAUCAGGGAAGUCAAGGAGAAGAUCCUCGCCAACGGCUACCAUUGCGUUCAUUGAUUUUUAGUUUUGCAAGUUAUUUAUUCCAGUGGUUUUGUUACUUUUAAUGAAUAUAAAUAUUAAAUAAAAAUCAUUCUAGU